CGCGCGCCCCGAGAGGGGAUGGGCCCCCCGCCCUCGCGUUGCCCCUGGAAACCACCCGGUGCCAAAGCGACCCGGGAGCAAGACGCGAGAAUACAAGAUGGCGGAGGACCUAGACGAGCUCUUGGAUGAGGUGGAGUCCAAGUUUUGCCGACCAGACCCACUGAGACUGGGUACGGUCGAGCUGCCCAGAGGCGGCGGCGGCGGCUUCUUCGGCAACGACCAGAACCGAGCCGAGGCGAAAAAGAAUCUCAGAUCAGCAGAAACAUUUGAAGAAGAAGAUGAUCUUGACAGUCUUAUUAAUGAAAUAUUUGAAGAGCCCCACUUGAACAAAAAAUGCUUUAAAUUAAAAUCUAAAUCUUCAGGUAACACAUCUGUCAGAGCUUCCAUUCAAGGCCUUGGUAAAAGCUGCAGCCCAGUGUACAUUGGCGGAAGCACUGUUCCAUGUGGGAUUGGGACAAAUACUUCACGGAGAGCAUGUGACCAUCUGCGUUGUACAGCCUGUGAUUUCUUGGUAGAAAGCUACGAUGACUGUAGGUGGGACAAAUCGUGUGAUUACCUGUUCUUCAGGAACAAUAUGCCAGAAUUCCACAAAUUAAAAACAAAGCUGGUAAAGAAGAAAGGAACACGAGCAUAUGCCUGCCAGUGCAGCUGGCGAACUGUUGAAGAACUGACUGAUCUUCAGACCGAUCAUCAGCUUCGCUGGGUUUGUGGUAAACACUAAGGAUCCAGACUUUCCACAUUCAGACAGAUGCAUCCACGAGAGCAGUCUCUAUUAAUCACCACAGUGUUUAGGUAAAGGUGCAUAGUAUCAUGCUCUUUGGAAAAGACAAAAUUUCUUUUAAUGGCUGUACAAAUUUUCAAGGACUAAAUGGACUUGGGAAGAUAAUGUGCUUUAACAUAUUGGAAUUAUUCCUUUUUGAUAUAUGAGCAUUUCACUUAGUAAGGUAACAGGUUAUCCGAAUACUUCUUUGCUAGACUGUCUCCUGGAGUUUCAUACAGAUAUAUAGCCAUUCACUAGUAAUUGCCGUACUCCUGACUGCUAAUACACUUAGCAUGAGUAUUCCUCAUUAUAGCAGUUAAAGGAUAAAGCUGGCCCUGAGGGGUCACUGAGGGCGUACACAUCACCUGCUCUGGUCAGAUCUGUUGUUAGCAAAAAUCAUAAUUUAGACCCGUCAGAAUCCAUAUGGUCAGUGACCGGUUAAAGGGUUUUUGAAGUGUAUGGGUGAAUUGUAGGUAAAAACACUGCCUGUUUCUGAUCUUACUUCACAAAUUCAAAGCAAUUCUAUGCGCAAUAAUAGGUAUAUAUUACCAGUUUUAACUUAUUUCUCCUCCUUCUGUUCAUUUAGAUAUCAAAAGGUAUCUAGUUUUGUAUUUUAGCAAAUAUUCAUUUCUAUAUAAAAAAGAUUUUUUUGAUGCACCUAAAACUACAAGGAAAAAUCCUGAUACAGAUCAUUGCUGGAUUUUCAAAGUACCUCCUUGCCUUUAAUGCUCUAAAACUCCAUUAAGUAAAGAGAACAGCAAGUAAGGUAUUUUCUCAGGCAGCCUGUUGAUUUUUCUGGUAGGAUCAGGUUGACAUGCUGUUUAUUAGAUAACUACAUGAAAACAGAAAUAAAGCAUAGCUGAACCAGCAGGUAACCUGUUGGGCUCCAUAAUAUGAAUAAGACUUGAGGAACCCUACAAAGCAGCACAUUUGGAAAAGCAGUUACCUCAAAAUCACCACCUCCCAGCCUCAUCAAGAGAUUCCAGUUUGCCAGAUGCUCUUCACCGCAUGUGUCUGUUAUGCAGUUCAGAUAUGUGACACAAGGCUUGCUUAAAGGGAGUAACCGAACAUAGUUACGAUCUGUUUAGUCUUAUACUGAAUCUGUUCCAGCCAUUUAACUCGGGCAAAGAAAGAUCUGGUCAUUGCAGUCCUCCUAACCGUGACACUUCUGUAGAUGUGUAUAACUUGCUCUAGUAAGCCUAGUAUUCUAAUAGGAUACAUCUCACUGGCAAACGCUCACAUUUUUAUAUUGAGGAUAUGCUUGUUGCAGGAAGGGGGACCCCUUCCAGGGCCCGAAACUGGGCUCUUGUCUAACACUUGGAAAUGAAUUGUCCGAGGAGACACAUGUGCUGACAAAGCAAGAGAUUUUAUUGGAAAGGGCACCCGGGUGGAGAGCAGUAGGUAAGGGAACCCAGGAGAACUGCUCUGCCACGUGGCUCGCAUUCUUGGGUUUUAUGAUGAUAGGAUUAGUUUCCGGUGGUCUUUGGCCAAUCAUUCUAAUUCAGAGUCUUUCCUGGUGGUGCAUGCAUCGCUCAGCCAAGAUGGAUGCUAGCGAGAAGGAUUCUGGGAAGUGGACAGACAGGCAGUGUCUCCUCUCGACCUUUCCCAAACUCUUCCGGCUGGUGGUGGCUUAUUAGUUCUCUAUUCCUUAUCAGGAUCUCCUGUCAUAAAACAACUCAUGCAAAUGGUUACUAUGGUGCCUGGCCAGGGUGGGCAGUUUCAAUCAGUGUGCUUCCCCUAACAUGCUUACAGAUCUUAUCUUUCAAUAAAAGUUUUUUAUCCGCUAAAAUUUUAUCAGAAACAUAGGAGGAUCUGGGUUGAAUAGCCUAUUUAAAAAAAAUAGCAGAGCAGCAAGAUCCACACAUUCAGGACCUCAUGGAAUUUGGCACAUUUAGUCAUAAUGGUGAUUUUUUUUUUUAAAUUUAAAUGAGCAGAUUUACUAAAUUAUGGAUUAGAAUUUUUCGCUUUUAUAAUUUCAUUAUAACUAUUCUGUAACUUAGGUAUAUUGCCCAUGUUUAGCAGUCCAUAACAUAAUAAUUAUAAUAAUUAAUUCCCCAAUGUCAGAAAUGUGUAAAUGAGUUCAUAUUUUUGUUGGCAAUUUACUUUAUAAGCUUUUUAAUAUUGUAUAAUUUUUAAUCUAAAAUGUAGAAAGUAUGUAUUUAUAUACAAAUGAGUAGACUAGUACCAGUUGUAACUUAUUAGCCCAAACACAGCUAUUUUACUGUCAGUGUAGAAGAGUGUAGCUUGUAAUCAAUUAUAAUUUUUAAAUGCAAAGUCUAUAAAACUUUCAAGAUGUUUUGCCCAUUUGUUUUCAAUAUUUAUAAUAAUUUUCUACUACCUUCAAGUAUCUUAUUUUUUUUAAUAAAGUUUUAUUGAAACACA